AUGAAUAAAAGAACAAGUGCUCAACCGUUCGAACAUCAGCCGAAUGUACCGAAGUGUCCGAAGUGGAAAAUGGGCAGCGUGAAGUUACAACAUGUUGAUAACCAUGUAUCGAAAUUAGCUCAGCAUAUGGACUGCGACUGCGCCCUGGUAGAUGGAAGAAGAUGUGAGUCUCCUCGAGAUCCUCAACAUGGAUCAGGCAUUCAGCUCAUUGACCAAACGCUUGUGAUAGACCCCCAUUACCAACGAUGUGAAGCUGCGAGUCUGCCCAUCCGCAGUUCGUCCUAUCAUGAUGUACGGUUCGAAGACUUAGGCAGCGCCAUACUGAUGGAGAAACUCGACUGCAUGGAGAAAAAGUUGUUCAGACGACUAUUAGGCUACUUUUGCCAUAACGAAGAACUUUAUUCGGAAGUUGAUAUGGUGUACCGGGUAUAA